GGUGAUGAGGUUUGCUAAGCAAAAAUGUCUGCCUAAGGGAAACUCGUAAGUUACAUUCAGGGAAUAUUUUGCAAAAUAUUGCUGAAAACACCUUGAUUCCAAACUCGAGCAGACGCGAAGAAGGAAUACAAGGCUUCAGUUUUCACGCCAAUUCGCCCUAGUCGGAUAUUUAAACGGGAAAAGCAUUGAAUGGAGAAAGCAUGCCCUUUUCAAAAUGUGUAGUUGCAGGAGCUCAAGAUGAACCCCCAGCAGCGCACUGCCGCUAUCGGAACAGAUAAGGAGCUGAGUGAUCUGCUGGAUUUUAGUGCGAUGUUUUCUCCACCUGUAACCAGUGGAAAAAAUAGACCAACUACAUUGGGCAGCAGCCGAUUCAGUGCAUCAGGUAUGGAGGAGAGAACAAGUACAGCCUCAUGGGAAGCAGGAGGACAGCCAAGUCCCUCUUAUCAGUCCUCCAGGAGUUUUGCAGACAGCCCUCAUUACGGUGAUCACUUGAAUGACAGUCGAUUAGUGUCCCACGAAGGAUUGUCUCCAACUCCUUUCAUGAACUCCAGUCUGAUGGGUAAAUCUUCAGAGAGAGGUCAGUUUUCAGUUUUCGCCAGAGAGCCAGCAGUUUCUGGAUGCCAAUCCAGUCUUCGAUCAGACAUGGGGCUUGGAAGUCCAGGACCGCUGUCAUCGUCGGCAAAGCCUGGAACCCCGUUUUAUUCGUUCUCUUCCGCAAACCCACGACGAAGGACACUUCAUGACACUGCGCCACCUGAUCCCUUACAAGCAAAGAAAGUGAGAAAGGUUCCUCCUGGACUGCCUUCGUCUGUGUAUGCACCCUCUCCAAGCUCAGAUGACUAUAACAGAGAUUCUCCCAGUUACCCCUCUCCUAAACCUCCCAACAGUAUGUUUGCAAGCACUUUCUUUGAUGGGACCCAUAAUUCUUCUGACCUUUGGAGUUCAUCCAAUGGGAUUAGCCAACCAGGCUAUGGAGGAAUGCUGGGAAGCUCCUCUUCUCACGUAUCACAGCCCAGCAGCUAUGGCAACCUACAAACACAUGAUCGCUUGAACUACCCACCCCAUUCAGUUUCACCAGCAGACAUCAGCGCCAGUCUUCCUCCCAUGUCCAGCUUCCACAGAAGCAGCACCAGCACUUCCCCCUACACUGCAGCUUCUCGCAGUCCUCCUGUGAACGGCUCCGAGACCAUCCUGGGAAGCCGGGGGAAUGCGUCUGGAAGCUCCCAGACAGGAGAUGCUCUUGGGAAAGCCUUGGCUUCUAUUUAUUCACCUGACCACACCAGCAGUAGCUUUCCAUCAAACCCAUCAACACCAGUCGGAUCCCCAUCUCCUCUAGCAGGUGCAAACCACUGGCCAAGGGCAGGAGGACAGACACCAUCCUCUCCCAGCUAUGAGAAUUCUCUUCAUUCAUUGCAGUCUCGAAUGGAAGAUCGAUUGGACAGGUUGGAUGAUGCCAUCCAUGUACUACGAAACCAUGCAGUGGGGCCUUCGACGAGUAUGUCUGGUGGCCAUGGCAACCUGCAUAGCUUACUGGGGCCAUCGCACAAUGGGCCAAUUGGAGGAAUCGAUUCAAACUACGCAGCAUCGGCGCUGGUGACAUCCAAUCGGACAGCUUCCAUGGUUGGUGCUCAUCGUGAUGAAGCUGCCAGUCUUAACAGCAGCCAUUCAGCACUGCCCAAUUCGGUGUCAACUCCAAGCACAGAAUUAAGCCACCAGGAGAACUACAGAGGUGGUGUAUCCAGCCAGCCAGCAGGCACAAGUCCAGUGGAAUUAAAACUAGAGAAAAAAGAAAAAGACGAGAACGUACAUGAAACAAAUUCACCAGAUGGCUUCAAAUCAGACUAUGAGAGCGACAGAAAGGACCUCAAGAUAACACCUAGAGGAGGAAACAGGACAAGUCUGUGUUCACCUCUCAGCAGUAUUAACGAGGAUGAGGACUUGAACCCGGAACAGAAGGCAGAGAGAGAGCGCGAGAGGAGGAUGGCCAACAACUCCAGGGAGCGAUUGCGGGUUCGAGACAUCAACGAAGCAUUCAAAGAGCUGGGCCGCAUGUGUCAGCUGCACCUGAAGAGUGAGAAGCCUCAGACGAAGCUGCUUAUUCUUCACCAGGCUGUCGCUGUGAUCCUUAAUCUUGAGCAACAAGUCAGAGAGAGGAACCUAAAUCCCAAAGCAGCCUGCCUUAAGAGGAGGGAAGAGGAGAAAGUUUCUGCCGUAUCGGCAGAGCCUCCUGCAGCUCACCAAGGAGUGCACCCUGGACUGUGCGACACUACAAACCCUAUGGGUCACAUGUGAACACCUGACAGAUCAGAAUCAAGAUCAAGUUUAUAAUAUAACGAGUGGGUGACCUUUCAACACAAGGACAGACAAUACUAACUCUUUGUGACACAAAUUUGAAAAGACAAACCACCUGAAGCAAAAACCCAGAAAAGCAAUCUUGUGACUGAAGAAACUGGCCUACGUCCAUAUAUCCCUGUGAAGACAUGAAACGUUGAAUCGGAAAUUUCAGCCCGCGAGUGAACUUCAUCUCCCGUCAUUCUGUUGCAGGCAGCGUUUGUCGCAUCUAAAACAGUUGCGAUCUCUCCACUCCUCGUGCAAGUUGCCUUGUGCCUAAACUGAAUUGCCGAAUGCAUUGUAACCACAACAUGUUAUUUAUUGUGUCACUGAGCUCCAGGGUCUACGUCUAAAGGGAAGAUUAUGAUGUCAGUUGGAACAUCUGAUGAAGUUUCAGCUGACGCCAGCAUUUGUUAAAGCUGUUCAUAUACAGAGAGCAAAAACACAAUCUUAUCAAUAUUAUUUUGGAGCCCUAGCAUUCCCUGCAUACCUCUUAGUGUCUUAAGAAAGGGAGGGAAGAGUAUUACUGUCCUUUCCAUUCCUUUUGCCAUAUAGUGUUUUCAGUGUAACACAAUGUUCCUUUAUAGAGCAGUUGUUUCUUAGAUGUUAUUUUUUUGGUCUCUGGUUAUCUGAACAGUUCAGUUAUGGUCAUAUUUUAACCUUCAGCACCCGACUCCAAGGUUAACGUCAACUUGCAAACCGCUGUGAUAUCAGGAAUUGCUUGAAUAUCACUGCUGUGACCAUAGUAUCAUUUGGCCUGCAUUUAAUUGUAACUCCUUUUUUUUGGUCAAAAAAACAAACAAAAAACAAACAAAAAAAUCUUUAUACAAAGUAAACACAUUUUAAUUUGUUUUAUUUGUAAUUAUAUACAAAAACUUUUCUAGGCUUUAUAGUAAAGCUUGUAACGUGAAGUGUGAUAUAGAAGAAAAGAAAAUAUCUAAUUUGUUAAAAUUGCUUUGUUUUCCAAGCAGCAGCGGAAACAGCAGUAUCGUGCUUUAAUAUUGUGCGUGUAAAGUGUUAGCUGUGAGUGUGCACUAACUCUUUACUAAACGACCAUGCUCAGAGGAGUGGGUAAGAACCUUGGUCCACCUGGGCAGGUAGUGAAACAAGAACAAUGCAGGGGAAGACAAGGGCCACAGCUUUCUCUUAUCAUUUGUGUGUGUGUGUGUUUAUUAUUGUUUUCUUGUUACCCAGAGCUAGUUGAGAGGUCGUAAGUAUCAAUAACUAUCCAUAAAAGCUGUUUGUGGUAUUGACAGAUGAAACUUUCAAAGCAUUAGCACUACACAGUACAAUUCUGUAAUGAUAUUUAUCCAUAUCCUUUAACUUCCAUGUAGGCUGUCUUCCACUCAUAGCCAUCUUACGAGGAGACUGUCACAACGUUUGUGUUCAUCUUUCCUAUUAACUGUUGGUUGACAGCAACAUUUUAAACAUUAAUUUAAGUCAUUUUAAGAACAAAUAGUGGCAUUUAAGAUAGAUAUAACAUAUGCUAACUGGGGGGGCUGGGGGGACAUUACCAGUUUACUCUUUCUUAAAGAAAACAAAUCCGUGGUUGGUUGGACUGACUAUAUAUGUGAACAUGUUCUUCAUUUCAGUGUUUUAUGAUAAAAAAACAAAACGUUUUGCUUAAAAAGCGUGCACAUUAUCACGUGUUACUGCCUGGCAUUUUCAUUUCUUUUUUUUUUUCUUUUUGUUUUUUGUUUUGUUUUUUCUAAGCCUGUUUCUGCGCUUGUCCUUUUGGCUAUAGUAGACUUUGCAUUAUGCCCAGAAGCUUUCCUUCAUUAAAAAAAAAUAAUAAUAAUAAUAAUAAAAAAAUUUAAUAAAAAAAAGAAAGAAAAAAAAACAUUUGGCUUAUUUUUCACUGUAGUUAGUCUUUUAUACAAUAAUCUUUUAAAAACAAAAAAUUCUUGAAUUCUAAAUAUUACUCUUUCUAGAUUUUUGAAAUCGAAAAAGUUUUCAGUAAAAAGUUUCAUACUUUAUUUUACUAUAUUAGGUAGUAAAAAUGUACAGUUAUUUACCAUAACCUGUCCACUUAAGAUCAGAAAUUUAAAAAUAGCAUCCUAAGAACAUAGUAGGGUUCUAGCACACUGUGUAGUAUGUAUGGAGUAUUGUACAAGCUAAAUGUUCAAGAUGAAUAGGUUCUCAUCUUGUUCUCCAGUUUUCAUUGUUGGUUAAUGCAGAUUUGUACCUGUGUCAAAUUUCAAGGUAUUGUUGACAAACAUUUAAAACCAGCAGCAAGAGGUUCCAUUUUUUUCUGUCAAUGUAACAGAAAACACAAUAUGUAUAUAACAUUUAUUUAGCAAUAAAUGUGCCAUCU